AUGGAUGGAGAACAAAGAUUUAUUUCAUUGGCAUAUGAAGAUGCUAAAAAACAAUUCUUUUUAAAUUCAUUGGUGUGCAAAGUAAAUGGAAAUGACAAUCAAAUAAGAAAAUGGUUCUUUGAUGUUGAUUGUGAAAGAUAUUCUACUACAAUGGAUCCAAAAAAACCAAAAGUAUUUAUAGAAAACCAAAUAAAAUAUCUAAAUAUGUUUCAUGGAUUUAAAUUUACUGAUAGAAAAGAGUUUGACAAAAAAAUGGUAGAUCCAAUUGCAGAAGCAAUAGCAAAGGAAGGAGUAGAAUUUCUUUGGAAUCACAUUGAUAUUGUCCUUUGUUCAAACAACCAAGAAGAGUAUAAAUAUUUAAAAGGUCAUACUGCCAAGGUUGUGUCUGGAAAGAAACAAGAAACAAUGGUUUAUCUAAGAGGUGUCCAAGGUGCAGGAAAGUCCUCUUUAAUAGAAAUAAUUACUGCUUCUAUUGGACACAAUAUUCCAGUAAAAUCUAGUAAUGAUUGGAACCAAUUUUCAAGUGCACAAAAGCACUUUAUUACUGGUAAAACAAUAAAGAUUAAUCCAAAACAUAAAAACCAAUACUUUAUACCCAAUAUGAUUAGUGGAUAUGCUAUUUCUAAUCAAUGGGCAAUUAAAGUAGAAAAUGGUGAUAGAAGAUAUUUCAUUCCCACAAUAUCUAAAUGCAAAGUUGGUGACACUGAGGUUGGGUAUCGAAAAAAUAACAAGAAUGGCUUUGUAUAA